AUGUCCUCAGAACAUACCCUCGAGUCCCCAGAAAUCAACACUGCCACGGACCCAGCUUACGCCAUGGGCGAAGAAGCAGUACAACAGCAAGGAGAAACAAAGAAAGAAGAAAAACAAGAAGAAAAACAAGAAAAACAAGAAGCAUCAGCAUCUUCAUUACCAGUCAAGAGAUCUUUGGAAGAUGUAUCGGUUGCUGUUGAAGCAAAAGAGACUGACACUGCUGAACACGACACGAAGAAACCGAAAGUCGCAGCACCAGUUGAGGAAGACAAGAAGACAAACAAGACUCUUCCUACAAACGAUGAUAAAGAGUCCCAGCCGCUUGCACCACAAAAGUUUGUUUUUGGUCAAAACUCAAAGUUUGGCUCGACUGCGUUCUCGGGAAUUUCUGGUAGAAAGAACGUGUUUGGUACAUCGUCAAUUUUUUCAGAUAAGAAAGAGCCAACCUCACCAUUAUUCUCCAAUUCCAAUAGCCCAUCAAUAGAAACAAAAACAACAACUAAAUCAUCAUCAUCAGAAACUCCAGAAAAAUCAAAAUCAACACCAACGACAACAUCGACAACAUCGACAACGAAAUCAGCAGGGGGGUUUGUAUUUGGUUCGGGAUCGAAGUUCUCUAACGCGUUCAAAAAUGCAGCCAACAAAAAAUCCAUCUUUGACACUUCGGAAGCCAAGAAGGAAGACUCACCAGCCCCACCAACAUCAUCCCUGCAAGAUGCCACUACCACCACCCCAUCAUCAUCAUCAUCCUCACUGGAAGUAGACAAGUCCCUGGGUCAUUUGUACAAGACGGUGAACCUUGAAAAGAAAGAUGUCAAAUCAGGAGAAGAAGAAGAAACCGCAGUGUUCCAAUGCAAGGCCAAAUUAUACAUGUUGAACCUUGAUGACCUUUCCACCGGGUGGAAAGAACGUGGCGUGGGGAUGAUCCACGUCAACAAACUCGCGACGGAAUCAUCGAAGAAGGUGAAAACCAGAAUAAUCAUGAGAACUUUGACGGUAUUAAAAGUCAUUUUGAACGUUUCCAUCGCCCCAGGGUUUGAGAUCUUCAAAGGUAUGGAUAGCUCAUUACACUCGGAAAAAUUCAUCAGAUUCAAUGCCAUUGAAACCGACGAUAAUUUGAAUACCGAAGCAAAGAACGGACUAGCAAAGAAUCAAAGAUUGGUUCAGUACGCCGUCAGAGUCGGAAACGCCGAGUCGGCCACAGAAUUGUACGAUACAAUAAAAAUGUGUAUUCCUGACAAAGAAGAAUCAAAAGAACCGGAGGUCUAA